CUGAACUGUUUCUCGCCAUCUGUGGAGUCCAGCUUUCUUCACUGUAGUGCCUGCCAACCUCCCGUCCGGAAUGGUGCAUAUAGUGACAAUGCUGUGGGCGCAGUGUCAAGCACAGGUUGCGGUGAAUCAGUAGCGAAGGUCACACUGGCUCGCAACGUGGUGUUCUACAUGGAGCAGGGUUUGUCACCGCAAGACGCAGUAAAGAAAGCUCUGACCGUUAUGAAGGACCGAGUGGAUUCCCUAGGGGGCGCAAUUGCCGUGAGCAAAACUGGGGACUUUGGGCACUACUUCAACACAAAGGUCAUGAUAUGGGCAUCGGUUCAGAAUGGUCAAUUGCAUUAUGGGGUGUUUCCAGGAGAGGAUCUGGUCACCACGUGCUGAGGAAUGGCAAGAGAAAUGUGGGUGUAGGCCUAGAUCCUGUGUGUUUUCAACUAAUUUACCUGUCUUUUACAGUCUGGGAGCGUUUCAGCCUUCUCAGUGUUAUGUAUGUUAGGCCUACGUUUUAUGACACUGGCAGGCAAGAAUCAAGAACGUAUCAUUCGUAUGGGUAAAUGUUACCCUUCUUGGAAGGAGCAGUCUUCACACCUGGUAGAAGGUCAUUCUACGUACUUCUAGACAGAAAUGCUUAAAUGCUCUAAUUAAAACUGUUUUCUCUAAUUUUUAUCUGUUCAAAUAAACAUGGAAACAUCAAAAUCGA